GUGAGAUACAUGUGACACUUUAAGAAAGGCUCAUUGUUCAUUUUAGGGCUAGCCUUUUACUUUGCCCCCUGUCGGGCCCUCUACAUUAAAAAAACGUGAGAGACCUAUCUUGACAGUAGCUAUCCCUACAUUAAUCACGUUUUGGAUUCACACAUGAGUAGGUGCAUAUAUGAGCUAAUGUGUGGAGGUAUUUAAUUGAGCUAAGAAAAUAUUAAUUGGUUGACUUAAAAGACAAAUAAGGCAGGAAGACUUGCAUAGUUUUAGACAUGGUGAGAGCUCCUUACUUUGACAAAAAUGGAGUAAAGAAAGGUGCAUGGAGUGAAGAAGAAGAUGAUAAGUUAAGAGAACAUAUUGAGAAAUAUGGCCUUUGGAACUGGCGUGAAAUCCCCAAGUUUGCAGGAUUAUCAAGGUGUGGCAAGAGUUGCAGACUAAGAUGGAUGAAUUAUCUCCGCCCGGAUGUAAAACAUGGCAACUACACCAAAGAAGAAGAAGAUUUAAUCCUCAAAUUACAUGAAAAACAUGGAAAUAAAUGGUCCAUAAUUGCUGCAAAAUUACCAGGAAGAACAGAUAAUGAAGUGAAAAACUACUGGCACGCCCAUCUGAAGAAGCGAACGGUGGAAAAACAAAACACAUUGGUGUUGAAAGAGAAAUCUAGUGGUUUUACUUCUGAAAGUGAAGGCAGCCAGAUGAAUAAAGAAAUGGAAGCUAAAACUGUAGUUUCCUACACUCCCUCUAACCCAAUUUUAGAGAGCACUCCAUUAUCCCCAGAAACAUCUUGCAGUGAGCUCUCCAACUUGAGCACUGAUUUUGCUCCAAAACUUCCUGUAUCAGCUGGCACAAACAGGAAUAAUAUUGCAGAAGAUGUUCUCUCUUCAGUGCCAACAUUUGACGAGUCCAUUGGAAAUUUUUGGACUGAGCCAUUUGUAGCAGAUAGUGCCUACGACCAAGAUAAUUUUCCAGGGCUAUCUUUUUAUCAAGAGGAGCCCUUUGUUUCAUACUAUGAUGAUGGCAUAGAUUUCUAUUAUGAAAUGAUGCAAGAACUGCCAGGGAACAAUUAGUCCUGGCCACAUGUCUGUAUACAUAUGUUGUCAAAUAUUGCACUUGUUUUCUUUA